AUGCUUCGUCAGCCAACAAUUAUACAUGCUAGCCAUCUUGGUUAUGAUUAUCGAUAUUCAAUAGAAGAAAAACGACCUAUUGAUUAUACAGAUAUAGAACUUAUAUCUUCAAAAGAAAGUACAAAUAAAUAUCAAAUAUCAUCAUUAUCAUUAAAUGAAUAUCAAUGUACUUAUUUAACAACGAUAAAUAAUGAAAUACAUCGAUCGUCAUGUCAUUUACCAUAUCUAUCAACAUGUUUAACACAUAAAAUUUUGAUAAACAAUAUAUCUAGAUUAAAACAGUCUCAAAUUCAAAUGCUGAAUGUGAAAUUAGAUGAUGAAUCAUUUGAUCGUAAUAUACAAAUACAUAUAAGAGAAUCAAUAUAUUCAGAUUUAUUUUCAACAAAAAUUUUUCUAUAUUAUGCUGUUUUACAACGAUCUGAAAGAAUUCUUAAUAUGUCAUCACCAGGUAAUUAUGCAAAAGGUUAUGUACGUUGGACAGCUGGUGGUAAACGUGUUAUGUGGGAUGGUGCCCGUUGGCAACAAUUAUGUCAAAUAGAGAAAUGUUUUAAGCGUGAUCAAAAAUCUCAAGGUGUUUGUCUUAUACAUUUUCGUGAACUACAAGAAAAUAAAGCGAAAAAUAAAAAUAAAAAAUUUAAACAAGUAGAAAAAUCAGAAAAAAUCAAAUUAACUAAAGAAAAAAAAUCUAGCCCAAUUAAACGAGCAUCUAUAUCAACUCGACCGAAACGUAUUAAGUCGAAUAAUUCACUUAAUGAUUCACUAAAGGUUUCUAAUACGAAUUAUCAAAAUUCUGAUAUAGAUAUUUCAGACUCAGAAAUUACUGAAAGAAAAUCAUCCAUUUCAAAUCUUAGUCUAUCAAAAUCACAUAAAUCAUUACGUACAUUAGUACUUGUUUGUUCAUCACUAACACGUCAACAAACAUCUCAAGUGGAAUUAUUUUGUAGUCGUUUUUCUGCUCGUUUAUCAAAUCAAAUUGAUGAAACAACAACACAUUUAAUAGCAAGUGAAGUUGAACAACGUGUAUGUUGUUUAACAAAAAAAGUUUUUUUUGCUGUUGCUUAUCAUCAAUAUGUUAUUGGUUAUCAAUGGAUUGAAGAAUGUCUUAAUAAACAAUGUCUUCUAAAUGAAGAUUCAUAUGAAAUUCUUGGCGAUGCAUCAUUAUCAUCAGAACAUAAUGGUAUGAAUCGUUCACGUUUAAUUCAUCAACCAAUAUUUCAAUCAUAUUCAUAUGCUAUUGCUGUUGAAUGUUCAAUUGGUUGUCAACAAGGAAUGUUUACACGACAAGAACUUGAACAACUUGUACAAUUAUCUGGUGCUAUUUUAUUAAAAGAACAUAAUCGACAAGCAUUAGAUAUAAAUACAACAAUUAUUGUACUAUGUGAUGAUGAUGAUAAAAUGGUUGUUAAAAAAUAUCAUGAUUUAAAAAAUAAAAUUUAUUAUGUUAUACCAGAAUUUUUUCUUGAUUCACUUAUAUUAUAUGAAGUACAACCGAUAAAAGGUUAUGAAUUACUUUAUCAGAUAGACUAA